GUUGAGGUGGAAGUUAGGAGUGCUUCAUUCAUCAUCUUCCAUGGCUUUCUCUUCAACUUUCUCACACAACUCCUUGUCAUGCUUCUCAUCUUCAUUCCCACAAACCCCAAGACCAAGCCCUUUUCGUUUCACUUCGAUCAGGGCAGUCAAAUCCGCGGAACCCGACAAGGAGAAGCUUGCAAAAUCCAACACCCAGCAAGACUCCUCCAAUGCCCAGCCUCCCACCACUGCUCCCAAGUAUCCCAAGAAACCUGUCUAUUCCAUGAAGAAAGGCCAAAUAGUGAGGGUGGACAAGGAGAAGUAUCUUAAUAGUAUCAAUUAUUUGUCUGUUGGGCAUCCGCCUUAUUACAAGGGCUUGGACUACAUCUAUGAAGACCGGGGUGAGGUCUUGGAUUUACGUAUUUUUGAGACAGGAGAGUAUGCCCUUAUUGCAUGGGUUGGGAUUCCAACUGCUCCUGCUUGGCUGCCAACAGAUAUGCUUAUCAAGUCAGAUAAGCUCAAUUAUGAGAGAAUGUAAUCCAGGCUUUGAGGUGGAAUCUCAGCAGUUCCAAGUUGAACACCAUGCCUUCUCUUAUCCAGGCCUCAGAUAUCGUGGCUUUCUUCAUCAGCAUCAGCUACUCAUCUUCUAUUGGAUCCAUCCAUGAUAUAUGUAAUUAAUCACUUCACUGGAUUUACUGCAAAGAAAAUCUGCAAAAUUUCUAAAAACAUGAAAACUGAUGUAAAUUUUCAUUUUGUUUCUGGCAUUUUCCAGGCAACCAAUCUAGCAGUAAGUGUUCUACAGUGCACCCUUUGGUUUUGUAAAAGAUUAUAACCUGAUUGUAUUUAUUGUUUCCCCAAAUUGAAGGAGGCAUGUAUGAUCGAUGAGAAACAAGAGUGACGCAAUUAUGCAUACUUCAAAGUUUGGGACUGAGCUCAAAGUGCCAACGAAUUUCUGUUGAAUAAAGUCUGCAAAUUGAGCAUCAAUGCUAGUUCA